UACCACAAAAUACAAGACUAAUGACACUUGGAUUUGUGGGGAGGAACAUAGCAUGGCCAUUGACCCUCAAUCUUGUAAUUUGCCUUUAUAAGCAGGUUGCUUGUCAUCUGAUGGAUAGCACUACAGAUGCUUUAGCCAAAGCAUAUCAGGAGUUUGUUGCUGCUGCAGCUGGUGUACUUGAAGCCAAUGAAGCCAAUGAAGCUUCUGGUGGCCAGAAAACAGUAACAACAGAUGCUGCCCUAGAGAACUUUAAGCAGAGAUGGGAAUUGUUUAGAGUAGUUUGUGAUCAAGCAGAGAAGUUUGUGGAAUUUGAGAAGCAAAGGAUAUGUACAGAAUGGCUGGUGGAUGAGACCACUGGGGCAGUGGCAGGGAAGACUGGGCAGGGUACCAGUACUGGUCUUGGUUCUGGAAAUACCAGUGCUGCAGCUCAUUCUCAUUCUAGUGUUCCAUUUGACACCACAUUCUCAGAAGAAGCUCCACAAUAAGUAUUUAUAUGUAAAUGUUCCCUUGAUUCAGU